AUGCUAUCAAAUCAAUAAAGUUCAGCAGAACAUUAAAGUAUACAAAAACUACAAUAAUUCUUGUAAGGAUUGAAUAAAUCAAUCGUUAAAUAAGGCAUUUAAGCAAAUUUGUAAACAAUAUCAAAUAAUUUGGAUGCUGCUGCUAAUGAAAUAGGUUUCUUAUUGUAAUCAAGAGAUUUGAAUGAGUUUAGUCAUAUAGUAAAUAAAUUGUCAUCAGUAUGGAAAGAAUUAUACAAAACUGUUUAUAAUAGUAAAAUGGUUAAUGAGUUUGAUAAUGAGACAAGUGAUUUUCAAUAAAAGAUGGAAUUGAUAUCAUAGACAAAAAGAUAAAUGAAAGAUGGAAUAGGAGAAAUAGGUUAAUUAGGAGGUGUACGAGUAUCAGCUUAUCAGACUCCUUAGACAAAAAAUAUGAUGAGAUAGAUGAGUAGAUAAUAAACAGGAUUACCAUCAAUUUCUGGAUAACCUUAAACUGAAUAUAAGCAUAAAAUGAACUAUGAAAUUGAUGACAAUUAAAGAGAGAUUUUGCAAGAAGUCUUAAGGUAGAGUAAUAAAUUGAAUAUGUAAAUAGUAAUGAAAAGAUAUGAUCCAAAAAUAACAUUAAUGGUUAGUCAAGGGACAGAUACUAAUUUAGAUAUCUAAGAAGCAAUAAGAGGAUUUAAUAAAGAUUAUUUAGAGAUAAAAUUAUCAGAAAUUACAAAAGAAAAUUUAAAGAAUUUAGAAGAAAUAUAAAAGGUGAUGUAAGAGAAACAUGAGUUAAAUUAAGUGGCUGAAUCAUCAGCAACAGAAAAGUUAAAAUCAAUAUAUAAAACAAUUUACACAAAAACAACUGAAAUGGAUUAAUUAAUGGUAGAGGCAUCUAAAUAAGAACCAUAAAUUGUAAAAGAUGUUUUGGAUGAUUUUUUACAUCAUAUAACACAUAAUUAUAAAGAUAUAUAAUCAGAAACUUUUAAAAUUGUUGCUAAAUUGUUUUAAUAAAUGUAACAGAAAUAAAAAUAGGAUGAAUUAUUGAAAAGUAGAACAUUGUAAGUAUAAUAACCUUAACAUAAAAAAGAUAAAUUAAGUUCAUCAAAGAGAGGUAAUUAAAGUUCUGUUGAUGAAUCUUAAAUUAGUGAAAAAAUAAAAUAAGAAUUAAUUGAAAAGAAAAUGGAAGUUGAUAAAAAGAAUUAAGAAAUAUUUGAAUUAUAAAAUAAGGUUAGAUAAACAGAAAAUUAAUAUAUACAAACUGCUUUAGAAUUGGAAUCAAUGAAAUUAAAUGUUAGUAAAUCAGAACAAGAUAAAGCAUAAUUAAAUUAUGAAUUUAAGAAAUUAGAAAAGUAACUUACUUCUUUUAAUUCUAAGACAUUUUAAGAUUAAGCUAUUUAAUGUACUGAUAUUGGAUAAUAAAAUUUAAUUUAAAAAUUACAAAAAGAUAAUUAAUAAUUUUAAUAAAAAGUUUAUUAACUAAAAAGUGAAUUAAAUAAAAUAAGUCCAAGUUCAGGGAGAGAAUUAAAAUACUAAUAUACAGAGUUUUAAGAUAAAAGUGAUGAUUAAAAUAUAUAAAAUUCAUAAAAUGGAACACCUAGAUAAACAAGUAGAUAUAAAUCUGCAUAUGAUUUUGAAAAUUAAUUGAAUGAAGAUGGUUAUUCAAUUGAUUAAAGAUUAGAUUCUUCUUAAUAAAUGUAUAAAAAUAGUGAAAUAUCAAAUAGAGAAAGAUUAGAUGAUAUGGGAUUUGAGAGAUCUCCUACUCAUUCAAAUACUAUUAAAGCAAGUUAAAAAAUAAAAAAUAAAAAUUAAGUUUAAAUAGAAUCAAGAUAAACAAAUAGUCCAAAAUCUAAUUCAGAAAGAUCUGUUAAAGUAUCUUUGUAAUUAAGUUAAACAAAUUUCAAUCCAAAGAAAAAAAAAUAAAAAUCUAUUCUUAAAAUAGAUGAAGAAGAUUCUACAUUAAACUAAUCUGCUGAAUUGAAGAAACAAAAAAUUAAAAAGCAAUCUUUCUCUAAUAAAGUAACUAGAAGAUAAACUACUUUAGAGGUAGCAUCCAAAGAUUUUUUUUAAAAUUAAAAUUCAAUUAAAGAUUAAGAUGAAACAUAAACAGCAACUAAUUUUGAAACUUAAAGGACAUAAUCUGGAUAAGCCAUAAAUAAACCUUAAAGAAUUGCGUCAGUUGAUAAAAAGAAUAAUGUAAGUGGAAGGAGAAUUCAAACAGAAGGAUAGGAAUAAUUAUAGGAGAGUGAUGAUAGUUAAUCAGAGAAUGGUAAAACUAAGGUUAAAUUUUCAAGAAGUACUACUUAAAAAGAAUAAAAAAAAUAAACCAUAAAAAAAGGAUAGUAAAUUACUUAAAGUAAAAAUAUUCAAACAAAAAAAACAGUAGAUGUUUAAAUGAUUGAAACUGUAGAAGAAAUUCCUUCAAAUAUUACAUCUUAAUAAAGUUUAGAUAAAUUUAGUUUAAAAUAAUCAAAUACUAUUGAAGAAACAGAUGAAUAGAUUAAGCAUAAAAAAGAUUAUUUAAAAUUUAAUGGAAGUUCUCCAAUUAAAAGAUCAAGCACAUCAGUUCCAUAAUAACUUUAAAUGACUAUCAAAUUAAAUGAUGAAGAUUAAUAAUAAUUUACAACCUAUUGGCAUUAGAGUAAAUAUUAAUAAAUAUAUUAUUAGGACAUAUUGAUUAAGAAACUUAAACUGAAAAUUAUCUAUUGAUGUAAUUACUAUAAAGUACAAUUACUUAAUUAGAUCUUCCUAUGAAUAUCAAAUAAAAUAUAGCUUAACAAUUACCAAAAAAAUUAGAAACAGCUGUUGCUAUAGCAUUGAAUCAAAGUUAAAUAAUACAUUAAACAGGGGGUUUAAGUUCAGAUAAUUUAUAAUAAUUUGAAUUCACUUCUCCUCAAAGUUCUCGAUAAUCAUAAGAAUCNUAAUAAAUGUAUAAAAAUAGUGAAAUAUCAAAUAGAGAAAGAUUAGAUGAUAUGGGAUUUGAGAGAUCUCCUACUCAUUCAAAUACUAUUAAAGCAAGUUAAAAAAUAAAAAAUAAAAAUUAAGUUUAAAUAGAAUCAAGAUAAACAAAUAGUCCAAAAUCUAAUUCAGAAAGAUCUGUUAAAGUAUCUUUGUAAUUAAGUUAAACAAAUUUCAAUCCAAAGAAAAAAAAAUAAAAAUCUAUUCUUAAAAUAGAUGAAGAAGAUUCUACAUUAAACUAAUCUGCUGAAUUGAAGAAACAAAAAAUUAAAAAGCAAUCUUUCUCUAAUAAAGUAACUAGAAGAUAAACUACUUUAGAGGUAGCAUCCAAAGAUUUUUUUUAAAAUUAAAAUUCAAUUAAAGAUUAAGAUGAAACAUAAACAGCAACUAAUUUUGAAACUUAAAGGACAUAAUCUGGAUAAGCCAUAAAUAAACCUUAAAGAAUUGCGUCAGUUGAUAAAAAGAAUAAUGUAAGUGGAAGGAGAAUUCAAACAGAAGGAUAGGAAUAAUUAUAGGAGAGUGAUGAUAGUUAAUCAGAGAAUGGUAAAACUAAGGUUAAAUUUUCAAGAAGUACUACUUAAAAAGAAUAAAAAAAAUAAACCAUAAAAAAAGGAUAGUAAAUUACUUAAAGUAAAAAUAUUCAAACAAAAAAAACAGUAGAUGUUUAAAUGAUUGAAACUGUAGAAGAAAUUCCUUCAAAUAUUACAUCUUAAUAAAGUUUAGAUAAAUUUAGUUUAAAAUAAUCAAAUACUAUUGAAGAAACAGAUGAAUAGAUUAAGCAUAAAAAAGAUUAUUUAAAAUUUAAUGGAAGUUCUCCAAUUAAAAGAUCAAGCACAUCAGUUCCAUAAUAACUUUAAAUGACUAUCAAAUUAAAUGAUGAAGAUUAAUAAUAAUUUACAACCUAUUGGCAUUAGAGUAAAUAUUAAUAAAUAUAUUAUUAGGACAUAUUGAUUAAGAAACUUAAACUGAAAAUUAUCUAUUGAUGUAAUUACUAUAAAGUACAAUUACUUAAUUAGAUCUUCCUAUGAAUAUCAAAUAAAAUAUAGCUUAACAAUUACCAAAAAAAUUAGAAACAGCUGUUGCUAUAGCAUUGAAUCAAAGUUAAAUAAUACAUUAAACAGGGGGUUUAAGUUCAGAUAAUUUAUAAUAAUUUGAAUUCACUUCUCCUCAAAGUUCUCGAUAAUCAUAAGAAUCAUUUAGAUAAAAACAAUUUAGAAAUUAAAGAUCCCUUGAUUCUCAAGGAAAAUAAAAAUUAUAAACUUUAUUAGAUUUGAAUUAAUUUGAUCCUCCUUAAACAAAAACAAGUUUAGAUAGUAAAAUUGGUUAAUUAACUUAAAAAAACUCUGUAGAAUUACAUGAUUAAGGAAAUUCUGAAAAUAGCGACAUCAUUUUGAAAUCUAAAGGAGAAUUAGAAAAAUAAUUCUUAAAAUAAUAAGAAUAGGUAUUAAAAAUGGAAGAAUUCUUCAAACCAGAAGAUGAAGAUUUAGGAUAUGAAGAAUUAGCAAAAUAAAUAAUAGCAAAUGAGAAUGGAGGUUAACCUUUAGAAUAAUUCAAAUAAAAUGAUCUCUAAUCAGAAAAUUUUAUGAAAAGACUUCAUAAUAAUAUGACAAAUCAUAAAACAAGAGGAGCUGCAGCAAUAUAGGAUAUGUUAAAAAGAUUCUAUAAAAAGAAUCCAAAAGAUCAAAUUACUUUUCAUGAAUUUAAAGGAUUUUAUUAAAAAGUAUUUGCUACUCAUAAACAAUGUGGUUUUAAUAUUGUAUGUAGUCAUUUAUAAAGAUUUAUAAUGAAAUUAGGAUUUACUUGUUCUUUAUUUUCUAAACGAAAAGUAAUGACAUAAUAUUAUUUUAGUUAUUGAAAACUUCCCUUUCAAUACUUAAACCUUUCAAUCCAUUGCAUGAAACCAAAUAAAAAUUAGUGAAUCAAUCAACUACUUAUUAGAAUUCAAGUAAAUUUUAAACUAAUUAACAUUUUUCUGUUGAUUAAUGA